GACGAGAUGAGAGCGCUGCAGGUGCUGCCCCUCCCCCACCUCCUCCUCCUCCUCCUGCUGCUGAGCGCGGCACACCUGGCACAGCCCCAGGUAACCCCGGAGUCGUCGCUGGAGCCGAAACCCCCGGCCCAGGUGGGGGAUGGGCAGCUCACCUGGAGACGGAGCCGCCGGCACAGCCCCCACUUCCCGCUCUGCUCCUUCUGCUGCAACUGCUGCCGCAACCGCGGCUGCGGCUUCUGCUGCCGCACCUGAGCGCACCUGGGCACACCUGGGAACACCUGGAGAACACCUGGGGGCACCUGGGAACACCUGGGAUACACCUGGGGAACACC